AUGGCCAAUCAUGUCAGAUUCAAUCCUCUGGUCUUCAUUUGCCUCUUCUUCUUUGCCUUCCAUUCUAUCACCUGUACAAAUUUCUCCUUCUCAUCCUUCUCCCCAAAUGAUCACAACAUCACUCUCAAUGGAACCGCUGUUGUAGCCAAUGUCUUUAACCACAACUCCAUCCGUCUCAACGAUAACCAAGUUGCCGGAAACGUAUUUAACAGCUCUGGCCGAGCUCACUAUUCCCAACCCAUUCAAUUAUGGGAUUCCAUCACUAAUUCCACCACAGAUUUCACUACUUACUUUGAAUUCUCUAUCACGUUCUUUAGUGGAAAUUCCAAUUUGAGCUCAGGCGGCAUAGCUUUCUUCUUAGCAUCUGAAAACUCUUUGAGUACUAUUCCAUCCAAUUCUUUUGCAGGAUGGCUCGGUCUAUUCAACGAAACUACGGAUGCAGAUCCUUCAAACCAGAUGGUUGCGGUGGAGUUCGAUACAUUCCAAGAUGAAUGGGAUCCUAGCAAUAAUCAUGUAGGUAUCAAUGUGAACUCUAUCAUCUCCAAGGCUAACAGUACAUGGAGCAAUACCAUGGUUAGUGGUGAUACAUUAGGAGCCAGGAUCUCUUAUAAUGGAACCACCAAAAAUCUCAGCGUUCACCUGAAAGACCCACAAGUUCCCGUCGAUGCAGGAUCGUUAAACCUUUCUUACAACGUGGACUUGACCGGAGUACUACCAGAAAGAGUGUUUGUUGGUUUCUCGGGAUCCACUGGACGGGCAAUCCCCGUCCAAGUGAUCAGAAGUUGGAAUUUCACGUCAACUUUGGAUCUUGUCCUGCCACGAGCUGAAGACGAUGAGGGUGAUUCGAAGAUAUGGUUGGUAGGAUUAGUAGUCUCGAUUCUAGGUGUUGGAAUAGUUCUGGGUGUCUUAUGGAGAAACAGAAGGAUGAGAAUGGAAGAUUAUCAACAAGAGAAUGACAUGGAUUUAGAUGACUCCAUGGAUGAAGAAUUUGAGAAAGGAACUGGGCCAAAGAGAUUUUCCUGUAAGGAACUAGUCUCUGCAACUAAUAACUUCUCCGAGGAAGGAAAACUUGGACAAGGGGGCUUUGGUGGUGUUUACAAGGGUUUCUCCAACGAGCUAAACAUGGCAAUUGCAGUAAAGAAAAUAUCGCGAGGGUCCAAACAAGGGAAGAAAGAGUACAUGUCUGAGGUUAAGAUAAUAAGCCGCUUGAGACACCGAAACUUGGUUCAGCUCGUUGGUUGGAGCCAUGAACGUGGGGAAUUCCUUCUGGUUUACGAGUACAUGCCCAAUGGGAGUCUCGACUCGCAUCUCUUUCACAAGAAAAGCACUCUGACGUGGGCACAGAGACACAAGAUUUCUCUUGGGUUAGCGUCCGCAUUGCUUUAUCUGCACGAGGAAUGGGAGAAAUGCGUUGUUCAUAGAGACAUCAAGUCGAGCAAUGUGAUGCUGGAUUCGAGCUUCAACGCCAAGCUGGGUGAUUUCGGACUGGCUAGGCUAGUAGACCAUGAGCUCGGCUCGCAGACAACUGUGUUAGCUGGGACCAUGGGCUACAUGGCUCCAGAGUGUCUCAUCACGGGCAAGGCUAGUAAAGAGUCAGACGUGUUCAGCUUUGGCGUGGUGGCGUUGGAGAUAGCUUGUGGGAGAAAGCCGGUGGAACAGAAGGCUGAAGAAGCUAAUAAGGUGAGGUUGGUGGAAUGGGUAUGGGAGUUCUAUGGAAGAGGAAGGAUUCUGGAAGCAGUCGACGAGGCAUUAUGCGGUGAGUUUGAGGAGAUGGAAGCGGAGUGUUUGAUGAUUGUUGGGCUAUGGUGCGUUCACCCUGAUCACAGUCUAAGGCCCUCCAUUAAGCAAGCAAUUCAUGUUCUGAACUUUGAAGCUCCAUUGCCUGAUCUGCCCUGCAAGAUGCCCGUGCCCACCUAUUUGACCCCUUCACCAAUGUUGUCCGACCAGUACUCGUUUACUUGGUCGAAUCAUCAGACCAGACAAACAGCAGCAGGGGCCUCAAUGGCAACCAAUUCUCUAUCGAUUGUGUAGA